GAAGGAACUAGUGGAUUAGAUCCAGGGUAAGGGGGUUUAGGAGAAGUUGGUCUGAGACCAAGGCUAGAAUUUCUUCGCGGUGACGGCGUCCGUGUCCUAAGGAGGACCAUGUCAUUAGACUUUGGCAGCAUGGCACUACCGACACAGAACGAAGAUGAAGAAUAUGACAAAGAAGACUAUGAGAGGGAGAAAGAGUUGCAGCAGCUUCUCACAGACCUUCCUCAUGAUAUGCUGGAUGAUGAUGACCUUUCCUCCCCCGACCUCCACUAUUUGGACUGCAGCGAGGAUGACGCAGAGGAAGAACCACACCAUCCUGAGCAAUCGGAGAUGAACUGGCAUGAACAUCAAGUGCUACCCAAAUCUCAAAGUGACUAUAAAGAAAUUCAGGGUUUCUUCGUUGGAGAAAAUUGUGGUAAUGGCUGGGAAGAAAAUCCAAGUAAAACUGAAGACCGACACCCUGGGUACCAUCCUGAAGAAGGUAGAGAUGAAGGUGGAAGUGGCUACAGUCCUCCAAGUAAAUGUGAACAGACUGAUUUAUAUCACCUUCCUGAAAACUUUAGACCAUACACCAGUGGUCAGAAGCAGGAAUUUAAUAGCCAGCCGACCAAUGUGAUUAAAUUUUCAGAUCCCCAGAGGAACCAUUUUCAGCCAUUUGGUUCAUCACAAAGUCCCAGUUGUCAAGCUUUGGAAUCAUAUAAAGUGACAUACAAACCUUAUCAGUCUUCGGCCCAGAAUAACAGUGCACCAGCCCAAGAGAUAGCAGGAAGUGACACAUUCGAAGGCCUGCAACAACAAUUUUUAGGAGCUAAUGAAACAGAUUCUGCAGAAAACAUGCAAAUUAUUCAACUUCAGAUUCUUAACAAAGCAAAAGAGAGACAACUAGAAAAGUUUGUUGAAAAGUUAAAUGAAAGUGAACGUCAAAUUCGGUAUCUGAAUCACCAGCUUCUGAUAAUCAAAGAUGAAAAGGAUGGUUUGACCCUCAGCCUUCAAGAAUCGCAGAAACUCUUUCGGAAUGGAAAAGAAAGAGAGAUGCAACUUGAGGCACAAAUACAAGCCCUAGAGGCCCAAAUACAAGCUUUAAAAGUCAAUGAAGAACAGAUAAUCAAGAAGUGCAGAACCACUGAGAUGGCUCUGGAAAGCUUGAAGCAGCAACUGGUGGACCUUCAUCAUUCCGAGUCACUUCAACGAGCUAGAGAGCAGCAUGAGAGCAUUGUUACGGGGCUCACAAAAAAGUACGAAGAGCAAGUGUUGUCCUUGCAAAAGAAUUUGGAUGCUACGACUACUGCACUGAAAGAACAGGAAGACACUUGCUCUCAUUUGAAAGAUCAUGUGAAACAACUGGAAAGGAAUCAUGAAGUGGUCAAGUUAGAAAAGAAUGAGAUCAUUAACAAGUUGACCAGAAGCCUAGAGGAGGCUCAAAAGCAGUGUGCCCACUUGUUACAGUCCGGCUCGAUCCAGGAGGCGGCCCAGCUCCAGCUCCAGCUGCAGCAAGCACAGAAGGCACAUGCCAUGAGCGAAAACAUGAACCAGGCUUUACACGAAGAACUAACUGAACUCAAAGAUGAAAUUUCUCUCUAUGAAUCUGCUGCAAAACUAGGAGUAUUUCCAAGCGACUCAGAGGGAGAAUUAAAUAUAGAACUCUCUGAAUCAUAUGUGGAUUUGGGUAUCAAAAAAGGCAACUGGAAAAAAUCCAAAGUUAACAGCAUUUUUCAGCAAGAAGACCCGAAUCAGGAGCUUUCAAAUGAUGAGUUCAUUCUGAAGUUAAAAGCAGAAAUGCAGCGUUUGCUGAGUAGCAACUCAAUAAAGCGUCAUCUGGUAUCUCAGUUGCAAAAUGAUCUCAAAGACUGCCGUAAGAAAAUUGAAGAUCUCCAACAAGGGAGGAAGGAUGAAAAAAGCAUGGAGGCUGAGGCUAAGACAGAUACCUCAGAAAAACCAACUAAUCAGCUACAGCCUGACUCUUCAACAUCUCACGUGAUUGCAGACAUACUGCAACUUAAAAAUGAAAUCCAGGCUUUGCAGCAACAAAAUCAGGAACUUAAAGAAACUGAAGAAAAACUGAGAAAUACAAAUCGAGACUUAUGUAAUCAAAUGAGACAAAUGGUACAGGAUUUUGACCGUGACAAACAAGAAGCUGUGGACAGGUGUGAGAGGACUUACCAGCAGCACCAUGAAGCAAUGAAAGCCCAAAUACGUGAAAGUCUAUUGGCAAAGCAUGCUUUGGACAAACAGCAGCUCAUUGAGACUUAUGAGAGGACUCACUCGCAACUUAGGUCUGACUUGGAUAAGAUGAAUAAGGAGGUGACUGCUGUGCAGGAAUGCUACCUAGAAGUGUGCAGAGAGAAGGAUAAUCUAGAAUCGACUCUCAGGAAGACCUUGGAAAAGGAGCAGCAGGCUCAGGAGAAGAGACAGCUAUUGGAAGAAAGAGAAGAUUAUGUAAGCAAACUGCAGGUUGGAAUUGAAGAAAACUACCGAGAUACUCUUGUGAUGGAAAAGAACAAGUGGCUAAAAGAACAGGAAACUAAUAUUAAACAGCAAGUUGAAAAUGAAGUGAUGUUAGCGAAAGCACACUGGGAUAAGGAACAGAAAGAGAUCAAACAAAACCUCAUUCAACAGCUUGAAAAGGAGUGGCAGUCAAAGCUGGAUCAAACUAUAAAGGAGAUGAAAAAGAAGACCUCGGAUUAUGGCAGCCAGACGGACCAAGUAACCACCACUGAUGUUAUUUCCAAGAAAGAGAUGGCAAUCAUGAUGGAAGAGCAGAAGCAAAAGAUCCAGCAAAACUUAGAACAAGAGAAGCAAAUAGCUAUCAAAGGGGCUUUGAAGAAACUUGAAACUGAAUUGGAACUUAAAUAUUGUGAAAAUAUUGCCAAGCAGGUAGAAAUAGCUGUGCAGAACGCUCGUCAUCGAUGGCUGGAAGAGCUGCCUGACCUUGCAGAGUAUCAGGCACGCAUGAGAGCAGAACAGAAGAAGUGGGAGGAGCAACAGGAGGUCUCUGUGGCCAAGCGGAUAUUGUUUGCUGUUUCUGAAGCUAAAGAGAAAUGGAAAAGCGAGCUUGAAAAUAUGAAGAAAAAUGUAAUACCUGGAAAGGAAUUGGAAGAGAAGAUUCAGUCUCUUCAGAGGGAACUAGAGUUAAAGAAUGAGGAGGUCCCUGUGAUCAUCAGGGCUGAGCUGGCUAAGGCUUGGAGUGAAUGGAAUAAAGAAAAGCAAGAAGAAAUCCACAAAAUUCAAGAACAAAAUGAGCAAGAUUACCGGCAAUUUUUAGAUGAUCAUCGAAACAAAAUUAAUGAGGUGCUUGCAAUAGCUAAAGAAGACUUUAUGAAACAAAAAACUGAACUGCUUCUCCAGAAGGAGACAGAAUUACAGACAUGUCUAGACCAGAAUCGUAGAGAGUGGACUAUGCAGGAAGCUAAGAGGAUCCAACUGGAAAUCUGUCAGUAUGAGGAAGACAUCCUAACAAUACUUGGGUUUCUCUUAUGGGAUAUCCCAAAGGAGCACAUCACUGGUUUGGGGGACAAACAGCUUUUGGAAAUGAUGUCGAUUUGUUCUUCAAAAUGGGUGUCUGUCCAAUAUUUUGAAAAACUAAAGGCCUGCAUUCAGAAGGCAUUUCAAGAUACACUUUAUCUGCUUAUAGAAAAUGCUGACUCAGAUAGGGAAAAGAGAAAUAUGACCAAGAUCUCUAAGGAUCCUGCCAGCCAGGCCACUGGCAGAGGAGACUCUGGAGUCCCGGCAUCCCUUCCUGCAGCACCCACUUCUGGACACCAUGCUCAGCCCUUGUUCUUGCAAGAAAUAGAAGCCAAAGCUGAUAAAAAGAUCCUUGAAAUUAAAGAUUUAUGCUGUAGACACUGCUUCCAAGAACUUGAAAUGGCAAAGCAGGAAUGUCAAGAUCUGAAAAGAAAACUGGAGAAAUGCUGUAGGCAUCUUCAGCACUUAGAAAGGAAGCACAAGGCUGUAGUGGAAAAGAUUGGAGAAGAGAAUAGUAAAGUGGUUGAAGAAUUAAUAGAAGAAAACAAUGACAUGAAGAAUAAAUUGGAAGAACUGCGAACACUUUGUAAAACACCACCCAGGUCGUUGUCAGAAGGAGCCAUUGAAAAUGCUUGCAUGCCAUGCAGUGGGGAGGCCUUGGAAGAACUUCGUGGGCAGUAUAUUAAAGCUGUAAAAAGAAUUAAACGUGAUAUGCUUCAUUACAUUCAAGAGAGUAAGGAAAGGGCUGCAGAAAUGGUAAAAGCAGAGGUAUUGCGAGAACGUGAAGAAACUGCCCGAAAGAUGCGCAAAUAUUAUUUGAUCUGCCUCCAACAGAUUUUGCAAGAUAAUGGAAAAGGAGAAGGGGCCGAGAAAAAGAUUAUAAAUGCUGCUAGCAAACUCGCUACAAUGGCAAAAUUGCUGGAGACACCUAUUUCUAAUAGAUCCCAGAGUAAAACUGCACAAUCAGUAGCACUGCCCCUGACUUCAGAGAUGCUGGCUGGAGUUGAAAAAUCAAAAAGAAAUAAUACGAAUCAGAAUAUAUCACGUUACAAUGAAGGCAAAUCAAGUGGUGCAAAAACUGUCCCCGGAAGCGCGUGCGAACAAGUUCCUAAGCGGAAGUCUGCUCGUAACUUACGAAGGCUGUUAGAGAAUGCAGAGUAUGGGGAUGUAAAGCAUGUGGGUUCCAAAAAGUCCCAGUCUGACUUUCAGUUUGGGGAUAGUAGUUGUAAGCACCUAAACAUUUUGCCAAGGAAUGUUUCUUCUGAGUUUUUUCCUUGCCAAGGUGAAGGAAGCUUUGGUUUACACAAGAAGAAAGACCUAGUGAGUGAUCCUGGUUCUGAGUCACCUCUGCAUUCAGCCGCAUACCCCUUUCUUGGGACCGUUGGAAAAAAAACCUCACCUGGAUGUACCCUGGGUCUUUCUAAGUCAGGAUCCACACAUAUAACCUCUCGAGAUCUUAAUGAGAGACCUGGUCUAAAAGUAUAUCCAUGUGAUCCACAAGUGGAAAAAGAAAAUGCAACAUCUGAGAAAAGUCAAGGUUUGGGUGUUCAGGAAACUCCAGUAAAGGAUGGAGGGGACCUUAGUGACUCCCCGGACUGGCCUUCCAGCAAUGCAACUCUACUCUGUGACAGUCAUGAAGCGUCAUUUGUGCAUGGUAGGCCACAAGGACCUCUGGACAUACUAGGUGACUCUGUUGAUUUCAAACAGUUUGCAGUAACCAAUUGUGUUUCAGAUACAGAGAAAAAUAAUAUGAAUUGUCAAACGAUGAAAUGUCAGCGUGAUCAAACUCCAAACCUAUCAGGAGGAACCACUAAUUCCCAGCCAGGGAAGAUCAGUGCGACUCUUGGACACUCAUCUCAUCAUAGGACAAAUACGUUAAAGUCAGAUUUCAAAAAACUGAACAGUGCGGUGCCAUCUUUAGUGUGUCGGCAGUCUUCAAGAAAGUUGAUUGCUCCCCUACCCAGUCAACAAGAUAGUGGCUUUGAUAGCCCAUUUGUCAAUCUGGGUUAAUUGUUGUACAGUAUUUAUGAAGAAUCAUUAAUAUAUAGACAUGAAAACUGGAAGGGAGGACUUCAUACUGAAAAUAUGGGUUCUGCCUAUUUCGAGAUGUUUUAAUAACAUCUAUCCUAUGAGUAAAGUAUUCUCAUGAAAUUACUUGAGGUAUUUAUGUUGCCUUAAUCUUCUAAAGGCCUAUGGUGUAUGUGUAAUAUGCUUCCGUGUGGUGCUUGUAUUUGUUGCUAAACCAUCUAUUUUUAUACUUAUAAAUUGGUUCUCUUUUCAGUGUUAAAUUAUUUAAAUAAACUUGGCAUA